AAAUUCAAUCUUGUACAUUGUCCCGGACAAUCGUUUCCCCCGGUGAAAUAUUGUCCAUGUUUAUUAUCUCAGCACUUGUCCUGUCGCCUCCAUGAGAUUGACCAAUUCUAGAUGGGAACUUGCUUCUCCGCUUGAGAUUUUAUUCAAACCCAUUUUGUCAUGGGAUUCUUUCAGAAAAGAGAAACUUUCAUUCCCUUAGCCGCAACUGGAUUUCAACUCUAAUUUGAGGAGUCAAAAAUUGUUUAAUUAAGUCAAGAACUGUGACAAUAUGAAUCGACAUUUCAACACCAGUCGAGAAUCGUCUGGUCGGGAAGUCUUUAAAAGAAAAGCAGAUGAUAGUCAAGAAAGUGGGAUUAAAUUACCAAAAACAGAAACUGAUGAACACUACAUCUUACGCACAAACAAUGCAGACAGUAAACUCGCCCUUCCUGUACAGCCUGACUAUUAUGACAAGAGCUUUCCUGACUACAGGCAGCCUGUUGAGAUUGGCUGCUUUUCAUUAGAUUCAAAUCGCCAGCUCUUCAAUGAUGCCAGGCAGCUAAAAUACUGUGUGAAACCCGCCAGCAAGAAUCCAAAUUUCAAUCUACGGGAUGGUUACAAAGACAGAUACAUAAAAAGGAAUGAUAACAUUAAGGAAAAGCUGGAUCAUAUCCUGAAGUGGAUAUUAUUGAACAAAUACAAAUUCCCCACGCUGUCUGGUGGUGACAAAUCACCUGCUUUAUCAAAUCAGCUACACACAGACUUCAUCACAUGGAGAGGACAUCUGACUAAAAUUCUAACUACUCCUUAUGAGAACCGAGAGGGAUGGAUGUUGGCAGUGACUCUGUUUCAUGGAACCUAUUACAUGAGUGAGGUAGAAACCGAGGAAGCCAGACGGCAGAGAGAGCAGCGGACUGAAAUGCAGGAAGAAUUGAUAUAUGGAGGAUAUAAAUUUGAACAGUAUUUGUGUGCAGAUAAACCAGGUGGGAAUCCUAAUCCAGCAGGUGUGGUAAACACUAAUGAAGCAUUUUGUUGUGUGGUUCGAACUCGGUUGAAUGGGCAUUCACUUGUAUUCUCUGGUGAGGUGGACUGCAAAGACAACUCUGACCCAAGGUUAAAGGCUCCCCAGUGUUAUGUAGAACUAAAGACGAGCAGGGAGAUUUACACUCCAAACCAAGAGAGGAGUUUUCACAGAUUUAAAUUGAUCAAAUGGUGGGCACAGUCUUUUCUGCCUGGAGUACCUCGCAUAAUCACAGGCUUUAGAGAUGAUAAUGGAAUGGUAGUUUCUCUUCAGUCUUUUGAAACAAUGAAGAUUCAUCAUCUUGUUAAGAAUGAACGGAAUUGCUGGAAGCCUGCAGUCUGUCUAAAUUUCUGCAACGCUUUUCUCUCUUUUGUGAAGAAAGUGGUGACCCACGAUGAUCACCGGAUGGUGACCCUUUUCUCCUGGGAACCUGGUAAAGAUAUUUCCUAUACAGUGCACACAGACCGCACAUAUGCUUUCCUACCAGACUGGUAUGUAGAAAAUAUGAUUGUACAAAAAGGUGAACAUAAUGCUGAGUGAAGAACAGUGUUAUGAUCUGAUUCAAAGGAAAUGCGAUACUGAAUUGCUACCCUGUAAUUUACAAUUCUGUACAAAGUGAUACUUGAAAAAAUGUACAUAAACUUCGUAAUAAAAGUUUUAAAACACA